UGGAACUUCUCCAUUAGCCUGUCUGAAUGCAAUGCUUCACACUAACACUCGAAUUGGGGAUGGAACAUUCCUCAAAAUCCCUGGAAAGUCAGGCCUCUAUGCUCUCAAAAAAGAGGAGUCCUCAAGCCCGGUGGGUGGAGCUUUGGAUUUAGUCUGUGACUCUGAAUUGGAUGGCACAGAAAUGGCUGAAGCCAAUGCCAGUGGAGAAGAAAAUGGAGUUUGUGUGAAGCAGGUAACCGAUGGAGCAUCUUCCACUCGAGAUUCAAGCCUUACUAACACAACAGUGCAAAGCAAGUUAGUGUCUUCCUUUCAGCAACACACCAAAAAGGCUCUUAAACAGGCUCUGAGGCAGCAGCAGAAAAGAAGAAAUGGAGUCUCAAUGAUGGUCAACAAGACUGUGCCUCGUGUUGUUUUGACACCAUUAAAGGUGUCCGAUGAGCAGUCGGAUUCACCUUCAGGAUCCGAAUCUAAAAAUGGUGAAGCAGACAGUUCAGAUAAAGAAAUGAAACAUGGGCAAAAAUCUCCCACUGGAAAACAAACAAAUCAACACUUAAAAAGAUUAAAAAAGUCUGGUUUAGGACACUUGAAAUGGACCAAAGCUGAGGACAUUGACAUAGAAACCCCAGGAUCUAUUCUUGUCAACACUAACUUGAGGGCAUUAAUAAAUAAACAUACAUUUGCUUCCUUACCUCAGCAUUUUCAACAAUACCUCCUGCUUUUGCUCCCGGAAGUGGAUAGGCAGAUGGGAAGUGAUGGAAUUUUACGCCUCAGUACUUCAGCUCUGAAUAAUGAAUUCUUUGCAUAUGCAGCACAAGGGUGGAAGCAGCGACUGGCAGAAGGGGAAUUUACCCCAGAAAUGCAAUUGCGGAUAAGGCAAGAAAUUGAGAAGGAAAAGAAAACCGAACCUUGGAAAGAAAAAUUCUUUGAGAGGUUUUAUGGAGAAAAAUUGGGCAUGUCAAGAGAGGAUUCCAUGAAGCUCACUGCCGGAGCCAGCAGUGAUAGAGCUGAAAGUAGUUCUUCAUGUGGGACGCCUGGCCCUCCCGGUCCUGCUGUGCAAACCUCCUUGGAAGAACAAAAGCCAAAAAGUCUGAAAGGUCCAGCUUCCCCAGAGCCUGAGUUCUGUGCUGCACUUUGUCCAAUGGUGGAAGUUCCAGCCAAAGAUGGCAUGAUAGAAUCAGAGCCUGAGGAUAUCUUGAUUCCUGAAGAGAGUGUGAUUCAGGAGGAGAUUGCAGAAGAGGUAGAAACUAGCAUUUGUGAAUGCCAGGAAGAACAUCACAAGACAAUACCUGAGUUUUCGGAGGCAUCUGAAAGUCCAACCCACUCUUGCGAAGAGCCCCAGAUGGCGCCUUCUGAAGACACCUUCGAAUCCUGUGUCAUGAUGAAUGAUGUUUUAGAAACUUUGCCUCCCAUUGAAGUGAAGAUUGAAGACAAACCAGAAUCUCCCCAGGAGGAAAUGUCUGUCGUUAUUGAUCAACUUGAAGUCUGUGACUCUCUUGUUCCUUCCACUUCAUCCGUGACUCACGUUGACGACACAGAACAGAAGGAGUCAGAAAAUGUAACAGAGAUCAGUAUUCCCAAAAUGAAAGCAGGACCUACUCCGCUGGAAGAUCAGCUUCCAAGUGAAGGGAUUGCAGUAGAUAUGGAGCUACAGAGUGAGCCUGACGAACAGCUUUCUGAAAAUGCCUGCAUCUCAGAAACCUCCUUCUCCGAGAGCCCAGAGGGAGCCUGCACCAGCCUUCCGUCCCCAGGCGGCGAGACCCAGUCCACGUCGGAAGAAUCAUGCACUCCAGCCUCCCUGGAAGCAACGUUUGGUUCUGAAGUGUCCAGCACUGAAAAUACAGACAAAUACCCUCAGAGAAAUCCUCCUGAUGAAAACCUCCAUGGCUCUCUGAUGUCAGAAUUAUCUCCCGUAUCCACAUCACCUGAAAUAUCAGAAGCAUCAAAUAUGUCCAACCUGCCAUUAACAUCGGAAGCCUCCCCGGUAUCCAACUUACCUCCAACAUCAGAAACAUCACCGAUGUCUGAUUUGCCGCUGACAUCAGAAGCCUCUUCCAUGUCUUCCAUGCUUCUCCCCUCUGAGACCACGUUUGUGUCUAGUUUGCCACUUCCUUCAGAAACAUCUUCUGUGUCUAGUGCUUCCAUGAGUGAAGGGAUGGCGCACCCGCAGAGAAAGUCACCUCCAGUUUCUGAGGAACCACUUUCCCCACAGAAAGACGAGCCAUCUGUGGCUGCCAUGCUGGCUGAGAGCUUCAUCUCUCAACAGAAUGCUCUGCCCAGUACUGCUGAGUCCAUCCAAAUGGCUUCUUCUUCCAUAGCUCCUGAAGCUUUUCCGUCCGAAGAAUUGCCCAAGACCCUAAGUCAGCAGCCUUCAAACUCACAUGUAGAAACUGAAAAACCCUAUUCUUCAGUCCCAGAGCUUCCUUCUCCAGAGACGAUAAAAGUUAAAAACCAUAGUGUUCUGCAAAGAACAGAAAAGAAGGGCAUCCCUUCCCCAUUGGAGUUAUCUGCCUUUUCCGAAGAGGCAGAGACUAAGGUCAGUGAGCUCCCCUCUGCUAAAUCACAGGACAGGCAGUAUGUCUCAUCGGCAGAAAAGGCUUCCUUUUCAGAAGGCUCCAGGAAUAAAACACACAAACAGGGGGGCACACAGAAUCGGUCGGAGAGCUCCCACGCUUCUAAGUCAGCUGAGCCCUCCAAGUCACCAGACGGGAUGAGAAAUGAAAGUAGGGAAUCCGAGAUAUCGAAGAGGAAGACGGCAGAGCAGCACGGCUUCGGAAUUUGCAAGGAGAAGAGAGCUAGGAUAGAAGAUGACCAGUCUAACCGGAACAUAUCAUCCAGCAGCCCACCUGAGAAAGAACAGCCUCCCAGAGAGGAGCCCCGAGUCCCUCCACUCAAGAUCCAGCUUUCCAAAAUCGGGCCGCCUUUUAUUAUCAAGAGCCAGCCAGUCUCCAAGCCAGAAUCUCGCACAUCCGCUAGCACGUCUGUCAGUGGAGGGAGGAACACAGGAGCCAGGACCCUCGCGGAUAUCAAGGCCCGCGCCCAACAAGCUCGGGCCCAGCGCGAGGCUGCUGCAGCUGCUGCUGUGGCUGCGGCGGCCAGCAUCGUCUCAGGAGCCAUGGGGAGCCCAGACGGAGGCAAGGUCCGAACCCUGGCACACAUCAAAGAGCAAACCAAAGCUAAGCUCUUUGCAAAGCAUCAAGCCCGAGCCCACCUCUUCCAGACCACUAAAGAGAGCCGGUUACCUCCUCCCAGCUCCAAAGAAGGACCUACAAGCUUGGAUGUCUCUUCUACCCCUGAGACCAAAAUGGAAGGUUCCACAGGUGUCAUUAUUGUCAAUCCUAACUGCAGAUCUCCUAGCAACAAGUCUGCACACCUCCGGGAGACCAGCACCGUAGUACAGCAGUCUCUCAACCCGACUCAGCUUCCAGAAACUGCCACAGACUUAUCUGUGCACAGUUCUGAUAAAAACAUACCUGUGUCACAUUUGUCUGAGAAAAUUGUUUCAUCUACCUCUUCGGAAAAUAGCAGCGUUUCCAUGCUUUUUAAUAAAAAUUCUGUUCCCGUGUCUAUAUGCAGCACUGCCAUGUCGGGAGCAAUUAAAGAACAUCCCUUUGUGAGUUCUGUUGAUAAGUCAUCUGUUCUAAUGUCUGUUGACAGUGCAAACACUACGGUUUCUACUUGUAAUAUAAACCUGUUAAAAACCAUGCAGGGCCCUGACACUCCGUGCAUAGCCAUUAUACCAAAAUGUAUUGACAGCACCGCUCUUCCAGCCUCCACAGAGGGCGCCACCAUCCUGAGCUCCACAGACGAGAAGCCGUUGCUCAUCCCGAACAGCAGUGCUAGCAACAUCGUCUCUGGUCAGUACACCUCUGUGCCAACUCCUUCUAUUGGAAACAGUUUGCCAAACCACCUCUCCACGAGCUCUGUCUUGAUUUCCGCCCCAGGAAUGAACACCAGAUUUCCUCCUGAGAAGAUAGCCAUGCCUGCGAGUGAAGAACAGGCCCCCACAUCCGUGGGUCCCACUGUGAGAGCAACCGUCGGCUGCAGUGAUGCCACGGCGGCCACAGACUCAUUGGUGACACGCCCACCCAUCGCCAUGUUUACUGGAAAUGUGCUAACGAUAAACGCUUAUGACAGUCCCCCCAAGUUAAAUGCCGAAAGCUUGGAUAAGCAUUCAGGGCCUCGAAAUAGGGCAGACAGUUCAGGACAACCUCACCAGCCUGCAGGGGGCUUUGCGCCAGUAGCCAUCAACAGAUCCAUUCCAUGCAAAGUCAUUGUGGACCACAGCACCACACUCUCCUCCGGUUUGUCACUGACUGUUUCCUUAGAAAGCACGGAAGCCAGCGGGGACCCGCAGAGCAGGUUGGUGAGGACAGAGGCGUCUGUACAACCCCUGGCUUGUCCUCAGGUGUCUGUGAUUAGCAGGCCAGAGCCAAUUGCAAAUGAAGGCAUCGAUCACAGGUCCAGUUUCAUUGCUGCUUCCGUGGCAAAGCAAGACUGUAAAAUGUCACAGACCCCCUGCACCAGUCUCCGAGAAAUGCCUGUCAUUCCAGAUCAAUUAAAUGAGGCGCCCACACCUAGUCACGGCCUUGCCGAACAGGCCCGUGGCCCCGCUACUUUCAAAAGCGAAGCAGACACAACCUGUGGCAACCAGUACACCUCAGCGAACCAUAUUUGCUGGAAUGAUGAUGGGAUGAGAACCACGGGGCAACCCCUGCUCAGUCACGCAGGUUCAACUAAACAGAAAGAGUAUCUGGAGCAGAGCUGUCCAAAGGCCAUCAAAACAGAACACACCAGCUACUCUCACGCCUCCGACCUCCAUCCCAGGAAUCUGCUAACAAGCAUGGCUCUUCCCAUGAAAUCCGAGCCUCCUGAAGUGGACAAGAGCUUUAGAAUGGAUACUGAGGACUUCCCUGGCCCGGAACUGCCACCUACAGCAGCCGAGGUGGGCCCUGGCGCCCAACCCGCACAGAACACAAAAGCCUCCCCUGCGAGCCCCAUGGAAGAGGCCAUCUCAUUGGCUACGGACACCCUGAAAAGAGUUCCAGGUACAGGGAGCUCCAGCUGCCGCCUGUCAUCUGUGGAGGCUAACAAUCCCCUGGUGACACAGUUGCUACAAGGCAACCUGCCUCUGGAAAAAGUGUUGCCACAGCCCAGACUGGGAGGCAAGCUGGAGAUCAACAGGCUGCCCCUGCCUCUUCAAACUACCUCAGUGGGUAAACCAGUGCCAGAGAGAAGUGUUGCUGAAAUGCCAACCAGCUCGCCAAACCCCGACGGUAAGGGCUACUUGGCGGGAACUCUUGCUCCACUACAGAUGAGAAAGCGAGAAAACCACCCCAAAAAGAGAGUUGCCAGGACUGUGGGGGAACACACCCAAGUGAAAUGUGAACCAGGAAAACUGUUGGGGGACCCGGACGUGAAAGGGGUGCCUUGUGUCAUCAAUUCUGGCCUCAGUCAGCUGGGGCACAGCCAGCCAUUCAAGCAGGAGUGGCUGAACAAGCACUCCAUGCAGAACCGGAUCGCGCCCAGCCCCGAGGUCAAACAGCAGAAGCGGCUGCUUCCCUCCUGUAGCUUCCAGCAGAACCUGUUCCAUGUGGACAAGAAUGGCGGCUUCCACCCCGAUACUGGUGCCUCACACAGACAACAGUUUUACCAAAUGCCCAUGGCUGCCAGAGCCCCUGUGCCCACCGCAGCUCUCUUACAGACUUCCUCCAAGAGCCCAGUGGGCUGCAAUGCAUUCGCCUUCAACAGGCAUCUUGAACAAAAGGGAUUGGGAGAGGUCAGUCUCUCUUCAGCACCUCACCAGCUAAGGCUAGCCAACAUGUUGUCCCCCAAUAUACCCAUCAAAGAGGGUGAUGACGUGGGAGGCCCCGCACACACAAUGCCAAACAAAGCACUAGUGCAUCCCCCACCGCCUCCGCCCCCACCGCCACCUCCCCCUCCACCCUUGGCUCUGCCCCCACCCCCCCCACCCCCACCCCCACCGCCACCUCCACCUCCACUACCUCCACCUCUCCCUAAUGCAGAAGUCCCAACUGAGCAGAAACAACCACCGGUUACCAUGGAAACCACUAAGCGACUCAGUUGGCCACAGUCCACGGGCGUAUGUAGCAAUAUAAAAUCGGAGCCUCUUUCUUUUGAGGAAGGUUUAAGCAGCAGCUGUGAACUGGGCAUGAAACAAGUUUCCUAUGACCAGAAUGAAAUGAAAGAACAGUUAAAAGCGUUCGCGCUGAAAAAUGCAGAUUUCUCUUCCUAUUUGCUCUCUGAGCCACAAAAGCCUUUUACCCAAUUAGCUGCUCAGAAAAUGCAGGUGCAGCAACAGCAGCAGCUCUGUGGAAAUUAUCCAACAAUACACUUUGGUAGCACGAGCUUCAAAAGGGCAGCAUCUGCAAUCGAAAAGUCCAUUGGGAUGUUGGGAAGCAGCUCCAACGCUGCCACAGGCCUGCCUGGUCAGAACGCUCAGAUGCCCGCCCAGAACUUCGCCGACAGCAGCAACGCGGAUGAGUUGGAACUGAAAUGCUCUUGCCGGCUGAAAGCCAUGAUUGUGUGCAAAGGCUGCGGGGCCUUUUGCCAUGACGACUGCAUAGGUCCUUCGAAACUCUGUGUAGCUUGCCUAGUUGUGCGGUAAGAGCUGAGUCAAAGAUGCAGUAUCCCUUUUCAACUCGGAAACGCCAAACAGCAGCAGCGACCACAGAUUGAAUCAUGCAGUGGCUUAUAUCGUGCUCAUUUGUUUUCCUUUGGAACCAGAUGAUCUUUUCUCUAGACAAUGAUUGUUUUCUUGGAAUUCUCACAGAGGGAGGAUGUACUCCCAACCUUGUGCUUCAGCUGCGUUCUCUCUUACAAAGCCUUUAGCUGUCUUUCCCACUUUGGGAAAGUUUCUGUCAGCGUGUGUGUAGGUCACUGUCCACUUUGUGUCCAUUUUUUUUCUUCCAGUCCAGGUGUAGCUAAGAAGAGGACUCUUGCAAAAUCCGUAAUAGGCACCAGAAAUGCAGAGGUAGAAAGCCAAUCGUAGAAGUCCAUUAAGGCGGUCAUGCAUUUUUUCUGUAGACGAGCCAUGCCAGUACUGGUUGUUACAGUUGACUUUGCGGGACCUACCUUUACCACAGUGGCUAAACCACAGUUGGAAAAGGGGAAUCUGAUUCCUUCCAUUUACUCCUAUCAGGACAGACACAUCAUAGGAGGCAUCGAUGAAAUGCACUGUCAUCCUAAUAUUCUCUAUUCUCCCUUUUUGUGCAUUCUCAGAGACUACGGUGGAAUACUGUGUCUGCCUUGGAUUUUGAACAUGCGUUGUAGUGAAAAGCAUCCUACACCUGAAAUUGCAACAAGGAACCAGUAUUCUGGUCCCAGCCCUUGGGCACUUGAUCAUGUCACACCACUAGGCCAACAGAGCCAGCGGCCAAGAGGAUUUGGAUUGGGGAGCUUUAUGUAUGGCUUUUUAAGAACAAAUAUGAAA